AUGGAGCAGCCCAACGGCUUUCGGUGCGUCGAGUGCAACCGGGAGGCGCCUGAGCUUUACAGGGACUAUCAGCGCGGGGUGCUGCGCAUCGCCAGCUGAAAAUCCUGCCAGAGACCUGUGGACAAGUACAUUGAAUAUGAUCCUGUUAUCAUCUUGAUUAACGCCAUCUUAUGCAAAACACAGGCUUAUAGGCAUAUUCUUUUCAAUACACAGAUAAAUAUUCAUGGGAAGCUUUGCAUAUUUUGUUUGCUUUGUGAAGCUUAUCUCAGGUGGCUGCAGCUUCAGGAUUCAAGCCAAAACACAGAGCCUGAUGACUUAAUCAGAUAUGCCAAAGAAUGGGAUUUUUAUAGAAUGUUUGGGAUUGCUUCUUUAGAACAAACUGCAUUUUUGGUUGGCAUUUUUAUUGCCCUUUGGCUAGCAAGACCUGAGAGCUUGAAAACAAAGUCAGACUUCAUCUUUCUUCUGAAAGCACUGCUGUUGUCCAGCUAUGGAAAGCUUCUACUAAUUCCAGCUGUUAUUUGGGAACAUGACUAUACGCCUUUGUGCCUCAAACUCAUAAAAGUAUUUGUUCUGACAUCAAACUCUCAAGCAAUUAGAGUUACCUUGAAUGCAAGCCAAAUGUUCACUUUAUUGGCCAUCGUCAGUGGAUUAAUUUUGGAAAAUGGCAUAGUCUACUUAAUCCAGAGAGUAGGAUGGAAUGUUUGAAAAGGCAAACCAGUGUCCAUUUGCCAAAUCUUGGAUUACUUUGCAUAUCUAAAGAAAAUAUUGAUUGUCUGGAAACAGUUCUAUGGUUUAAAACAAGAAACUUCAAUAGUCUAGCUCCUGUAUGUCAUACUAGAACGCUUCGGUUUGAACUUGUUUACUUUUCCACCAAAUAUAUGAGUGUCACUAUUCUUAUAGCUUUCAUAACUGAACUGUAAUAGGAAAAUGGAUGCUCAAACAUUUUAGCGCUACCAGCACUCUUUUGGGUUUUUUUCAGAAGGAACGGGAUCAGUUGUUUUCCUUAAGAAGGAAAAGGAGUGAGAGAGAAGUGAAAGGGGAAGACAAAAGGGCUACUUUCUAAAGGGGGCAUUAAUUGAUAGGGAACAAAGGACAGCCAGAAUUAACUGUUAUGUGAUACUGCAAAAUUACAAUGGAUAAAUUAAGCUUCAUUCUUAAAUGUUUGUGGAACAAGCCAAAACAAUAAUGGAGCUUUAUGUAUUUUAAUCUUACAAAAUUGAAUAUUUGUGACAGUGUUGAAAGGUGUUUCAAAACCCUAAAUGUUUUUCUUUAAAAAAAAAAAAAUUGUUUAGAAAGGAUGAUUAUUUCAUUUAAAAUCCGUUUAGGCUUAAGUUAAAAUUUCGAACUUCAGUGUUAGAUGAGGUUCAAAGGGACAAUAACAAUUGAUUUUGUGAUAAAAUUGAUUUGAAGUGGUUUUAACACAUAAUAUAGGUGAGAUUCUUACUUGGUAUAAAUCUGACAGUUUAUUAUACCAUCUGAAAUCUGGCCUGUGCUUUAAGAAAACAGUUUACAAUGCAGAAACAUCAGAGAUAAGGUAGGCUAGUUUAAGGGACUUCCUUUUUCUUUUACCUCUUUACUCUUUGUAAUGAAAUCCCUUGUGAUGAGUUAUGUAUUACAGUUUUUUAUAUGGUGAAGAAACUGUCACAAUCUACCUGACAUUUUUCAUACCUAGGAUUAAUUCAGUGGGAGUGUUACAUGAAGAGACUGAGAGAGCUUAAGAACAUUGGGCCAUAAAAUGUGUAUCCUUAAAGCUCAUGGGGUCUUGCUUAAAAACUGAUGGUAUAUUAUAGCCUAUAGGCAUAAAAUAAAUAAAAUAGAGCAAAUACAUCUAAGACUCAGAUAUUUGGUAGGAGAAAAUACAAGGAAAACAAUAAUGUUAGGAUUUCUUUUCAACAGCAGACUUUUAAAAAUUGUAUUGUGAGAGGUUAGAAGAAGCAACCAACAUGAGCUUUAGUUAUCUCUACAAACAUUUCAUGAAACAAGGUGUUAAAUUUCAACAUAAACACUGAUAAGAUUACACCUUAUAUACUAGACACCAUUCCAAGCACCUCUGUGCUAGGAUGACAUCUGUAAGCUUUGUGGGACAGAGUAGAGGAGCAAUAAAAAUAAAGGGAUGAGGGAAUCUGAAGGAGUUUUACCUUAUGAGGAAUGAUUAAGCUCUGAAUGUGGGCACAGAAUAAUUAUAUGAUUGUGUAUAUGGAUAUCAUCUCUAAAUAUUAAAAGGAGAAACCUUAAGAAAAAUGGUAUUAUUUUGAUGAACCAAGGUGGUAUAAAGAGAUGGCAAAAACAUUUAACAUUAAGAACUAGAUCUGGUAAACUGUCGAAGUCUCCUUUGAGAAUGAUGCUGAUAGCCCUAUCACUUGAGAAUGUAUUGUAAUGAAGAUGUCCUGCAUUAGCAGACUUAUACAAGGAGGUCAUCUAGGCUUUCCUUUCCUAGUCAUGAAAUUUAUUCACCUGAAUUAGGGCUAUUGCUGACUAUGUACUAUAUGUAUCUUAUGACUUUUAAAAUAGUGUGUGUGGAUAACCUAAAUACUAUACCCAGAUGUACACUUUCUUCUUAACGUGGAUUAUAUAUUUUUUAACAUGCGCUUUAAUAACAUUUUUAAAUCUGUUCCGCCAGACCACUAGCCAACCUAAAAACAUAUAUACUAUAAUUCAUUAGCAUAAUCUUAAUAGACUAGUUGGAAUAGGGAAUAAAAUAACUAAUCAUAAUGGAAAAAAUUUUCCCUUCUGAUUUUCAAAAAGGAAACCAAUAGUCCCUCAAGAAAGCCACAUGUUUUGGUGUACUCCAUCUCUUACUUUCCCAACUAAGCAAUGCUAGUCACUUGACUACAGUGCCACCUGGAGCCCAAAAUGAAGGGGACUUCAUUUUGUUUUCAAAACUGUCCAAAAGGAAAGUGUAAUCAGAUGCUAUUGGGCUACUGCAGUUAAUUUCUACUUAACACUUUGCUUUUAUAUUAAACCUUCACAAAUUCAUAUUUUUUAAAUUUUUCUGCCUUUUAGAAGUUAAAAAUAAGUGGUGAUAAUUAAGGAUGUAAAAGAGUAAAUGAUUAGU